AUGCGUCGAGACGUCACACCGGCAGUGACAGCAGCCGACACCCGCGCACAGAGCAGCACAAGCCCGGCUGCAACCUCUGCCGGUCCCCGCGACGGCAACAACACCGCUGCCAAGGCUAAGAGCAGCAACGCAUCGUCCCCUUCCGCCGCCGGCAGCGACGACGAGGUCGAGAUUCGACAGAAGCUGGAAAGGCUGAACCACAUGGCCCGGACGACGGAGGCGGCGGCGGCGGCGACGAGGGCAGCAGCGGCAGGGCCGCCGUCCACGCCGUUCCUCCGCAUCGGCAGCAGCACGGGACAGGAUGACGAUGACGGCGCCCUGUCCGCGGCGGGAAGCCACGUCCCCCCGACGACGGAGGCGGCGGCGGCGGGGGCGGGGGCGGCGGAAGCCGGGCCGCCGUCGAAGCCGUUCCUCAGCAUCGGCAGCAGCACGGGACAGGAUGACGAUGACGGCGCCUUGUCCGCAGCGGGAAGCCACGUCCCCCCGACGACGGAGGCGGCGGCGGCGGCGGGGGCGGGGGCGGGGGCGGCGGAAGCCGGGCCGCCGUCGAAGCCGUUCCUCAUCUUCGGCAGCAGCGCGGGACAGUACGACGACGACGGCGCCCUGUCCGCGGCGGGCAGCGGUUCCUCGUCGACCAAGGGGGGCGGGGGGGUGUCGCCCGUGUCCGUCGCCGCCGGAGCUGGCCGUUCGUCGACGGGGGUACACGUUUCAGCCUCCGGCGGCGGCGCCGGUGGCGGCGGCGCCGGCAACGGCGGCGCCCCUGCUGCGGUGGAGUUUUCUUCCUGGCGCGGAUGGGUCUCCUCCCCGAUCCUGGCCAGCGGUGCCGAAGGCGCCAGCACGUCGAAGCAAGACCGGGGUGGCGGCUCCUCCUCCUCGCCCGCCCCGUGGGGGAGGAGUAGCAGCGGCGUCGGCAACGGCGACAGCGGCGGCGGCAGCGGGGCAGAAUACCGCCCCGGAGACGGCCUCGAUGGCGGUAACGUCGGCAGCAGCAACGGGGCAGAGUACCGCCCUGGAGACGGCCUCGAGUACAGCGAUGACGAAGACGAGGAGGACAGGGUCGAGGAGGAGAAAUUCCAAGACGGCGGCGCCAGGUCGGGCGAGGUCGGAAGAAUGGCGGCCACGGCCCGCGGCGGCAGGAACGGCGGCGGUGGCGUGAGGUGGGAGGAUCCGGAGCCGGAGCCGCCGAGGCGGCAGCUUCGGCAAGACGAGUACAGCUCUUUCGAUGAGAACGCUUUCGCCCAGCGAGAGCGGCGCAUGCGGCAAGACCACCUGCAACGGUUAGGGUCGACUGACCCGGAGGAAAGGGGCUGCCCGCCAGCAAUUGCCGCGGGAAGGAUGCCCGACACUUGUUUCACCCGAACCGCCUGA